AUGGCUGAACGCACAUCCGAGGACGAUAGCGGCGAUGAUUCUACCAUGGACCUGUACCCGGCUAUCAACCAGCCGUCCCUCCUCGGUAUUCCUUCCGAGAUACGGGUUCACAUCUACAAAAUCCUCUUCGAGCACCUAGAACCAAUCAGACUAGCAGUUACCAUUGAUGGCCACUUGAUGCAUGAGAAUGACCUCGAGCUUCAACUCCCGCUAUCAUUGCUCAAAACAUGCAGAAAAAUCUUCUUGGAGGCUUCUCCAGUCAUGUAUGAAUGCAAUAAAUACAGAAUGAGUUGGGACUCUCUCACCAGAGUCGGCAGAUUGCAACAUGGAAUAAGUGACUUCCUUCGGAUGAUCGAUAUCGAUUGCACAUUCGGGCAGGUAUGGGGUUACGCGAAAUCUAUUAAUUCUUUAGUGCAAAAGGCAUCGGGCCUUCGAGAGAUCAAUUUGAACUUCCAGGGUACAAGCAGGCUGGGGGCCGCAGCUCUGGAACUCUCUCACGCCGUGAUUCCAUGUUCAUCCGCAUUUGAGGGCCCCGAUCUGGAGCUGGCCGUCUCGCUCUUUCAAUUCGACGACAAAAUCCGCGCCGCAGAGGAUACCUGGCCAACUGUGAGGAAAUUACACAGUGCCCUUUUCAAGAAAGAGGCGAAACUGUCAGAUAUUCUCGACCUCAAUGAGCCCCAAACAAUGACUUUCAUCACCAAGUCAAACACAUCUAAUCUUGGCGUCAUCAGAGUGAAGGGGAAAAUCCAUCCAUUUCUCCUCGAGAAACUUGAAGAACACAAGUGUCUGAUUGGAGAUUGCGCGUGGAAGAAAGUGUCGGAGGAGUUUGCACUAGAUGUUACAGAUGAUCCAUACAUGUCAACGAAGCGAAUCAGGUUCAAGUGGGAAAAGAUUGACCAACCUAAAAAGCCAAUACCCCCGAAUAUGCUUCAAUGGUAUCCCGGUGUUGAUAAAGCAAUCCUGAAGGAAAUCACCGGAGGAACUGAGGAGGAAGCGAAUGAUGAGGCUGAGAAUCAGGGUGAGGAUGAUGACGAUUAG